CAGGAAGUCUCUGCUCUCUCGUCUCUGCGCGGCUUCACCGGAGUAACUUUUGUACCACACUGAUCCUUUCUGUCUGGAAGCAUGACUGACUUUCUGAGAAAGAUAAAAAGCAGCAUAGCAGAGAAGAAGAAGACGGCCGUUGUUCAGGGCGACGUGCAGAAGUGGGGUUUGAGAGGGAUCCAGCUGAGGGACUACCAGCUGGACGGGGUGCAGUGGUUGAUCCAGUGUCUCAACAACCAGCAGGGAUGUAUCCUAGGAGAUGAGAUGGGUCUGGGCAAAACCUGCCAGACCAUCUCUCUGCUGGUGCACAUGUCAGGAGCUCUCGGGGUCAAGGGUCCGUUCCUGGUGCUGAGCCCGCUCUCUGUCCUGGAGAAUUGGAGAAAGGAGCUGGAAAGCGUUGCUCCUUCUCUGACUGUGCUGUGCUACAAAGGAGACAAAGGGAGACGAGCUGAGAUUCAGAGGGAGACAAACACACAGCACGUCCAGGUUCUGCUCACCACAUAUGAGCUCUGCCUCAAAGAUGCUUUUUUCUUGAAAAGGUGGAAAUGGAAGGUGCUUGUGGUCGACGAAGCUCACAGGCUGAAAAAUCUGAAGUCGCUAUUGCACGAAACCCUGACAGAGUUCUCAGUCGGGUUCAGAGUCCUGCUAACUGGCACUCCCAUUCAGAACAACCUGCAGGAGCUUUACUCCCUGCUGAGCUUCAUUCAGCCCAGCAUCUUUGCAGCGGGGGACGUGGACCGCUUCGUCGACACUUACUCCAACGUACAAAGUCAACCCGCUCUCGCUGCUGAGCUGCAGAACGUCUUGGAGCCUUUCCUGCUCCGCCGAGUUAAGUCGGAGGUGGCUGUGGAUCUGCCCAAGAAGACGGAGCUGCUGGUGUACCACGGCAUGUCGGCUCUGCAGAAGAAAUACUACAAAGCAGUUCUGAUGAAGGAUCUCGAUGUUUUUGGAAAUGAGCAAGGCAGCAAGAACCGGCUGUUGAACAUCUUGAUGAACCUUAGAAAGUGUGUUGACCACCCGUACCUGUUUAAUGGAGUGGAACCAGAGCCCUUUGAGAUGGGAGAGCAUCUCAUUGAAGCCAGUGGAAAACUUUGCCUUCUGGACAGCAUGCUGGGCUUUCUGCAGAAAGGCGGCCACAGAGUCCUGCUCUUCUCCCAGAUGACGAGGAUGCUGGAUAUUCUUCAGGACUACAUGGAGCACAGAGGUUAUAGCUAUGAACGUCUGGAUGGGUCUGUCCGAGGAGAAGAACGAAAUCUAGCAGUGAAGAACUUCAGCAGCAAGGACAUCUUUGUCUUUCUUCUCAGCACCAAAGCAGGGGGAGUGGGCAUGAACCUAACAGCAGCUGACACUGUCAUUUUUGUGGACAGUGACUUCAACCCUCAAAAUGACUUGCAGGCUGCGGCGCGCUGCCAUCGGAUCGGUCAGAACAGGCCUGUGAAAGUGAUUCGGCUGCUAGCGAGAGACACUGUGGAGGAGAUAAUGUACUCCCGCGCUGCGUCCAAGCUGCAGCUAACUCACGCUGUUAUUGAGGAAGGACGCUUCUCUCUGCUGGAUCAGGCUCAGUCAGCUGCUGCGGGACUGCAGCUCAGUGAGAUCCUGAAGUUUGGGAUAGAUAAGCUUCUGUCAUCAGAUGAAAGUUCGGUACAGGAAGUAAAGCUGGAGAAGAUCCUCGGCCCGUCACUUGACGGUCACUGGGUGGAUGAUGAGGAUUUCUCACCACUCGAAGAAGAAGAAGAGGAGGAGGAGGAGGAGGCCGGGUCUGACUCAGACGGGCAGAACCACAUGUACUUCUUCGAGGGGAAAGACUACAGUAAAGACCCGAGCGCUGACGACCAGAAGAGCUUUGAUCGUCUGCUGGAGGAGCGGCUGAGCGAGUUUCAGAGAGCGGCGGGAGAGGGACGAGCUCUACGCCACAAAGCCGGAGUUUCACUUUCACUAGGACUUGGGAUUCCAGGAAGGAAAAGGAAACCUCUGACUCAAGCAGAUUUGGAGCACAGGCGGCAAAGGAGGGAAGAAGCUGCAGCAAAAAGAGCCAAGAUGAAGGAGGACCUGAAGAAGAAGCAGCAAGAGCAAAAGCACAAGAAGAAAAUGGCAUGGUGGGAAUCUUGCGGCUACAAGUCACGCUGCCUGCUGGCUGUAGACAGUGAAGAAGAGGAGGAAGAGGAAGAUGACAGCAGCGUAUGCUCAGCAGACUCAAACAGCAUGGAUAUCCACUACGUUCUGGGGGAUGUUACUCACCCACACGCUGCCCAGGAAGAUGCUAUCAUUGUCCACUGUGUUGAUGACUCAGGAAAGUGGGGCAGAGGAGGCCUUUUCACAGCCCUGGAGGUGAGAUCAGGUGAACCGCGGAAACAGUACGAGCUGGCUGGCAAGAUGAAAGUAUUUCUUUCAGAUUUGGACCUUGGAAAAGUGCUGCUCUUCCCCAUUGAUGACAAACAAUCCAGACUUGAUGGCCAAGAUCAAUUGGCGCUGAUCGUGGCCCAGCAGAGAGACAGGAGCAACAACCUGUCCGGGAUCUUUCUAACCGCUCUGGAUGAAGGUCUGAAGAAGAUCUAUGUGGCAGCAAAGAAAUGCAAAGCAAGUGUUCAUCUUCCUCGCAUCGGCCACUCCACCAAAGGUUUCAACUGGUACGGCACUGAGAGGCUCAUCAGGAAACAUCUGUCUUCCAGAGGCGUCGCUACCUUCAUAUACUAUCACAGCAGACAUGUCAAGAACGCAGCUACGCCUCAGACAUCGACGCCUGUAACUGCAUCUGCGGCAGCUCCUGUUCCAGCGCUGCUGAAGUCAGGUGAGGCGUCAGAUGAGGCGUCGGGUGAGGAUGAGGACAAAGCGGCGGGCCCCUCGGCUCUGCUCCAGACCAGGGGCCCUGCAGAGCUCCCCAGUUUCAUGAAGGGAGUUUCUGUGUUUUUCUACAACCUUCCUGCAACAGAGAAGAAAAGACUGGGCCGCUACCUCGUCACAUAUGAUGGAGAGGAGGAGGACAUCAUGAGUGCAAACGUUACCCACAUCGUGGCAGAAGUGGACAACCACAUCCACACAAAGCAGGAGCUGCAGGAUGUGGUGCGUCGGUACGGCGAGGCUGUUCCUGUGCAGAAGGCGUGGCUGGAGUCCUGCUUCUCCAGACAGCAGAGAGUGGACUCUGCACCGUUCCUGCAUCAGCUCUGAAACCCCAGAGCACAAGGACACAACUUUGUUAUGUCCUAAGCCUGGAUGAUCUUGUGAGGCUGCUGGACAAACACUAAAUUAUAAAUUAAAAACUGUUAAUUAUGGUUUUAUAUGUGAAGUGGAAUAAGCAGCUAAUACAGAAACAAUAUUCACACUGCGGUGUUGGAGGCCAGUGUUGAUGCUUUGUGCUCGGUCACAGUUUAAUGAUGCAGCUGAUCUGAAACACGUGUGUCAGGUGUGUUUGUGGGCGCGCCUCCCCCUGCUCGCGGCAGGAAGGGCAUCCGGCAUAAAACUGGGCCAAAUCGAUGUGCGGACUGUGAUCGACUGUGGUGACCCCUCCAAGAGGGAUUAAGCCGAAAUGGUUUAUGAUGAUGUAACUAAUCAGUGGCAAUUGAUUAUUUGAGAAUGUUUCAGAGAAUUUCAAGAGGGCACAAACAUUAAUUUUAGGGGUAUGUUAUGUAUGAAGAGAACCAUCAAAAAUAUUGGUUAAUGAUGGUGCACAGUCAAAUAAAAUGUGCAGACUUGCCCCACUGGCAGCCCAGCCAUAAUAAAACGUUUACAUGUU